AAAGUAAAACCUUAAGACUUUGCACAUUCCUCGAUCCCCGCUAUAAACAUCACAUGUUUCUAGAAGAAUCUACAACCAUUGAAAUCAAGAAAGACCUGUGUGAUUUAUUAGUUGGAGUCAUAAAUCAAAAAAGAAAUGAACAAAAUCCUGAGGACCUCAGUGAUAAUGAAGUUGAACCAGACCAAGAAACAGAAUCUACCGAGAAAAAGAUUUCAGUUUGGGAUGAUGUUGAGGAAAUAAUUGCUAAAGUGAAACCGAAAUCCAAUCCCACUUCAAUGGCAAUCCAAGAGAUACAAAAAUACAUGGAUGACAGUCCAAUAUCUAGGAAAAAGGAUCCACUGGAGUGGUGGAAAUGCCACAAAAACAUUUAUCCCCAUCUAGCCACAGUAUUUAUUCGGAGCUGUGGCAUUGUCGCAACAUCCGUCCCUUGUGAGAGGAUGUUCUCUAAAGCUGGUUAUUUUAUAAGUGACAGAAGAACCCGUUUAACAACAAAAAAAGUAAAUGAACUGAUGUUUUUAAACACAAACCUAAAGUAGACCAAGACUUUUAAAACUGCAACUCUGGUGAAUCGAGGGUAGGCCUACAGUUCUUCGAAACUCAUUGUUUUGUAUGUAAUUACACCUACAUAAUUAAUAUUAAUGACUCUAGUUGAUCUUUUGAUAUUUUUUCUAUUAUGAUGUUAUGAAGUACUAUCUUAUUAUAAUUAUGUCAUUUCUGUUAAUUUGUUCCUAUUUCGUAUUUAAUGCCUAAGUAUAAGUUACCUCAAACAAAACAGACUGAUACAUGUUAUUUUUUCGUAAUUUAGAUGUGUUUUUUAUAAUGUUAUUCGAUACAAGAAAUAUUGAUUCUCGGAAAUGAUUUUUCUUUAUAUAUGGUUUGUAUAUAGUUAGUUACAGUUAUCUGCAAUAUGUUUUUUCAUUUAGGUUAUUUGCACAUAAAGGAAUCCCAAAGACUUUUGUGAUGUUAGCAAUCAUAAAAAGAUUAAAUAGAUGGUUUGUUUAAGAUUGUUGGUAUAUUAUUUAAAAUAUACUUGUUACUCUCGUAAAUACGAAAUAAACAACAGCUGAAAACCCUAAUUGGAAUUUCUGAGUUUUUUUAUGAACCUGACUUUA